AUGGCGUUUUUGCAUACAGCUGAGCCCACGGCCCUGGCAAGUGCUUGGGUUGGUGGCCAUUUUGGCUCUGGAGAGGCACAACGAGCCAAGAAGAUGCAGCAGAUGAAGAAAGACGCCUCGAUCCCCAUGGACACUUUUGACCCCCGCCAGGAGCCGUACGCGCCAGGUUAUUCGUCGUCAUACUCACCAGAACCAUAUCCACUGCAGCCGUACCCUCCACAGCCAUGGGCGCCAGAUCCGUACCUGCAGAUGCCUCCCGCCCCAGACCCUUCUGCUGCCAUGGGCACUUCUGGCUACGACUGUCCGUCUCCCCCACCAUACUCCUGUGAAGAAGUCCCUUGUGACAGAGUUGGACCAACCUAUUCCCCGGAUGCUCCGCCGGUUGUGGUUGCUGGAAUCUUCUCGAGCAAGCCUGCGUCAACCAUUUGCCCUUGCUGCCGCGAGAUCAUCACCACCGAGGUCGUGUAUCGCGUAGGAGCGCUGACGUUUGCUGCCUCCGCCUGCAUGUGCAUGAUGGGGGGCUGCCUGGGCUGCUUCCUGAUCCCGUUCUUCACAAAGUGCUGUAAGGACGUUGAUCAUUACUGUCCUUGCUGCCAGUACCACAUCUACCGCUACAAGAGGCUGUAG